UGCCCCCCUUCUGGAGAUCCCGCCACUACCAAUCCAGUCCAGUUCCCCCUCGACAAUGACAGGGCUGGUUGAGCCAAGGCAACAGGGGCAGAGGGCCGGAGCCUAAGGUCAGCCGAGGCCUUGGAGGCACGGGACUUGGCUCCUUGACAUUCAGAAAGCCAAGAUGGGGCAGCAGUUCAGCUGGGAGGAGGCGGAGGCUGCUGGGGAGAUGGACGUGGCGGAGCUGCAGGAAUGGUACAAGAGGUUUGUGGUGGAGUGUCCCAGUGGGACGCUCUUCCUGCACGAGUUCAAGCGCUUCUUCAAGGUCACGGGCGAUGAGGAGGCCACCCAGUACGUGGAGGGCAUGUUCCGAGCCUUCGACAAGAAUGGGGACAACACCAUUGACUUCCUGGAGUACGUAGCGGCACUGAACCUCGUGCUGAGGGGCACCCUGGAGCACAAGCUUAAGUGGACCUUCAAGAUCUAUGACAAGGACCGCAACGGCUGCAUCGACCGCCUGGAGCUGCUGGACAUAGUGGAGGCAAUUUACAAGCUGAAGAAAGCCUGCCGGGCAGAGCUGGACCUGGAGCAGCAGGGCCAGCUGCUCACGCCUGAGGAGGUCGUGGACAGGAUCUUCCUCCUGGUGGACGAGAACGGAGACGGCCAGCUGUCUCUGACCGAGUUCGUCGAAGGUGCGCGUCGGGACAAGUGGGUGAUGAAGAUGCUACAGAUGGAUGUCAACCCUGGUGGCUGGAUCAGUCAGCAAAGGCGGAGAAGUGCCAUGUUCUGAGGGCCGGGGACCCUGCAGGAGCCCACACUUCCCUCUAAGCCUCCGGGUCCCCCAGGUUUUCAAAGUAGCAGGAGGCCCCUGGCCUAGUUGGCUCAGGCCCACUCUGGCUUGGUGUGGACUUCCUGAUCCCCACCCCCACCCCAGUGUGGGACAGCAAGGGCCUGAGCAGCGGCUGCUGGGUCAGAAGAAGCUCACUGGGGUUCCGUCCGUCCAUUGUCCAUCCGUCUGUCCAUCUGUCUGUCGGUCCGUCCGUCCAUCCGCAGGAUUUACUAGCGUUGUAGGGAACAACUUUACCCUAGUCCCCAGCUGCUCUGGAAGAGCUGGGCUUUGGCUGGAGAUGUGGGGCUCCCUCUAAUCUUGAGGUGUCCUUGGCGGGAAUGGGGCAGCUGGGGGUGGGCGGGAGGCAGAGACCGGUAGGCGUGGUCAGGAAAGAGAAUAAGGAUGGGGAAGGAUCACGACCCAGCACCACCCACCCUGAGCAGCCUCCUCCGCCAUGGUGUGCUCACCGGGCCUGCCCAGCUUAACAGGGUGAGGGAGUGGGGGUGCGGGUGGCAUUAGCUCUGCUCGGUGCUGCUCCCCAGAUCCCCCUCUGCAGGGUCAGCCUGUCACCAUUCCCAGUCAUGGUCCACAUGCCUCGUUUAUGAUGGAGUCACCGGCUCUUCAUCUCUGGGGAGGACCAGGUGCCUGUGCAUUGAGUUCCGGGCCAGGCUUUGUCUCCGACUGCUGUUGGACCCCCAACCUCCUGCAGGCUGAGGAGAAGCUAGACUUCCAGGGGCUCUAACCCUCUGCCCCUGCCAUCUGUGCAGCUGGGGAAGGCACCUCAGAGGACCCGGAGUGGGGCCAGUGUCACUCAGUGAUUCCCCGUGGAGCCUGGUGGAUUACUGGCUUUACCUU